AUGGCAACACCGCCUAUGGCAAUGCCGCGCCAGAAACAGGCAGCAAAGGACGUGGGAGCCUUACGGCAUUUUCACAGCUCAAAAACACACUUGCGUGGGUUGCUUUCUUACUGCAUGCGCUGUUUAGCUGUCGACAUGUCGCACUAUGGCAGAGAGAGGCAUGCGUGCUGCAGCCACAGCGUAAUGUCCACUGUUGUGCUUCGUGUGGAUAUCUCCAAAACCAGUCCGGGUCUCGAAAACCGAGCUUGCCUAAUGCCACAGUCAUUCGACGUCGGCGCCGCUAGGGAUGAUAUCGCCUGCAUCCUCCUGCGUGCUUCAUGCCAAGAUCUCAACGACAAACGCAAUCGGUUCGUUCCACGGGGCAGUUUAGUGUCCCAAUUCGACCAAAAGAAGGUGUCAGGCUUGUUAAGCACAUUCAUUCCCUCCGACAAGACUAAAAUUGCUGAAAUUGCACGUUUCAUUAGUCCCAGCAAGCAUCAAAGAUGUCCUUGUUGUAAGGAUGCUUUGUGCACAGGACUGAGAAUUAUCUUCGCAACAUUAUUCAUCCUUGGGAAACAGGAAGUAAUAUUGGAUAUUUAUCAAACUUCAGUUCAUAUUUGUGAUGGAGCUUGGCCAUGCAGCGAUCCAAACUUGCCAACCUACUUUUCCCGUGCUGCUGAGGCGCUUCGGGACGUCCUGCAAGCCCUAGAUGCACAUGAUCAGGAGCUAUUCCACCAGCUGCAGUGGCAUAUGAGGUCUCCGUACUUCAGUCAAUCAAGGACAAAGGUUGAUGAGCAGCCUUAUCAUCUAUUGCAUGAUGAGAUUUCGUUGCCGUGGUCAGAGCUCGACAUGCAGGGGAGGAUACUUGAUGGACAAGUCUCGUUUGUGCAAAGAAUCAAGAUACACCGAGAUCAUCACGAUUUCUCAGAUGCAAAAUAUUUUGCGUUGAAGAUCACCGACAAGAAGCAUACGACCAAGGCUGCCGAAACUUCUUUUAUGGAUGAGAUUGCUGCCAACCAAAGGACAACCCAUCCCCGUAUAACACCGCUAUUUUCUGCCUUCAAACACCGAAAUCGAUAUUAUCUCCUGUUUCCCUGGGCUGACGGGGACAGUCUCUAUGACUUAUGGAGAAAGCACGACUUACAUCAUGAUUCAACGGAGCAUUGGCCCUCUUGGUACUCAGUUCAAUGGAUGAUAGACCAAUGCUACUUCAUCGCCGACGCCUUGGCCACGGUUCAUGGCUAUGAUUCCCGCGAAGGGGGGUACUCUUCCGAGGCCCAACUUCAUCUCGACAUCAAGCCGGAGAACGUUGUCUGCUUCCAACAGUCCCACGAUGGCAAAGUCUCAUACGAUUUGAAGCUAACGGACUUUGGUCUAUCUAAGCCUUUCAAUCGUAAUUCUCCGACACGUCCGACGCAGAAGGCGGAGACAAAGACAUACCGGCCACCUGAAAGAGAUUUCGAGAGAUCCAGGGUGGAUGAGUCGUUCGAUAUAUGGUGCUUGGGAUGCUUGUUUCUCGACUUCAUCACCUGGGCCAUAGAAGGGUGGGCUGGAGUCGAGAGCUUCCGCGAAAACCGCCUUCAGGAGACAGAUGAGAUCGAUGUCGACCUGGAGUUCCCGCCGGUACUGGAAGAUACUUUCUUCAAGAAGAGGGUGCAACGAGGGACAUGGUGGUGGCCAAGAAGAGGUCCUCGGACCAUUGUUGCAGAUCUAAAGCCCUCGGUUACUUCGCAAUUUCAACGUCUCCGCGCCCAUGCACGUACGCGGGCAGCGUCGAAUGAGGUUCGAGAUGUUCUGCAAGUGUGGAAGCAGAGCUUCAAACAGCAGGUGCCUGCAGAUGCAAUGUGGAAGACCGGAUGUUACAUCACCUCAACCUUGAAUAUGCGAGAUACGGCAACGACGUGGCACUCAAGGAUUGGGAAUCCCCGCUUCACUAUUAACACGGCAAGUCUGGGGAGGCAGUAG